UGGGCCAAUGAGACUUAUUCAAACAUUCGGUGCUAUGGUUCUCCUCGUCACUUUAUUUCUGAUCUUCUUCUACUCAACCCUACACCUAGAGAUAACCUACACUCACAGGGCCAGAGCAGAGGACGGCCUGAAGAAUCGCAGCCUCUGGUUCCACAACCCUGCUAUGACAACACAACCCUCCAAGCAGGACAUCUUCACCACGCCUCAACCGGAUGUCCACAGUGUGUCUGUUUCUGAUGGUUUCAAAAAUACAAUCACUCAGAAUGACGCGUUCUGGAACCGUAUGCUGUAUUCAGGUCUCCUGAAUCUGGACAAGGGAGGAAAUCCUUUCAGACAUGACUCAAAGUGGUCUCGCUGCAGGGAGACAAAUCUAGAGCUUCUGCAAACCAAUGUGCACGACUUCUCCUCCUACCCUGUCUUAAUCCGGGACUUUUUGCAAGGCAUGAACUGCAGGUCCCCUCCAGUCCUGAUCAAUCAACCCAACAAGUGCAUCUCCGCUGAAGAGGAGGGAGACAAGCAGACCUUCUUGCUUUUUGCCAUCAAGUCAGUUCCUGGAAACUUUGAGCAGAGACAGGCGGUGCGGGAGACCUGGGCUCGAGAGGCAGUGAAUCAGAGUAGACCAAAAGUGCGCACAGUGUUUCUCCUGGGUAGCUCCCCACAGGAUGACCCUGACCUCAACUCACUGCUGUCAUUUGAAGCAAGACAUUUUGGGGACCUCCUGCAGUGGGACUUCCAUGAGUCCUUCCUGAAUCUGACACUCAAAAUGAACGCGUUCCUCCAGUGGACACUGACAAACUGUCCUCAUGUCUCCUUCAUCUUUAGCGGGGAUGAUGAUGUAUUUGUCAACACACCAGGAUUACUCAGCUACCUGCAGUCUCUGGAGCCUUCGAAAUCCUCUCAGUUGUAUGUUGGACAUGUUAUAGGCACAGCGAGUCCCCUCAGAGAUCCUAAAAGCAAAUACUACAUUCCUCUGAGCUUCUAUGACGGCCCAUACCCUGCUUAUGCUGGUGGAGGUGGUUUUCUUUUCUCUGGUGCAUUGCUGCAACCCCUAUAUUCAGUUUCACAUGUCAUUCCUUUCUUCCCCAUUGACGAUGUCUACACUGGGAUGUGUUUUAUGGCUCUGGGAGUUUCUCCUGAGGCACACACAAGCUUUCAGACAUUUGACAUCAAGGAGCAGGAUCGCGAGAAUCUGUGUGUAUAUAAAAACCUUAUUCUGACUCACAGGCGUUCUCCACAGCAGCUAAUAAAGCUGUGGAAGGGCAUUCACAGCCCCUUGUUGACUUGUUGAACAGGACUGGUGAGAUAAAGAUGAUUGUGGGUUUUGUACUGUCCACUGUUGACACCUUGCAAUGAAUCAAACUGUUGGCAUUAAAUAAAAAAUGGACAUGUGUAGUUAAGCAGCUUUUUAAGUUUUAUCAGGAUUGGGUGUACUCAAAGACAUUUUUAACCUUGCAAAGCUAAAGAUGCAUUCAGCAUUUUUGGUG